UUCUCGCUCUACAGCCCUUAAAACCCGGAGAAUCGGAUGGCGCGUGUAGUCUUUGGAGUGUGUGCAAACACCUCUGCGACGCCAGCUGUGAGAGCCGCCCGGGGGGCAUGAGGGCUGGGAACUGACUCCACUCUUCAAUCUCCUGCUUCAUUCCAACGCUCUGAGAAAAUCCUGACUUUCGCAGAGCCCCAGGUGCAGCAGGGCUCCACAAAGGAGGUACCUUUUUCCGUCCCCAUCCCAGUCCAAGGGCUCUUGGUUCUGUGGACACCAAGAGACUCCAAAGUGAGUGCUAAAGCUCCCAGAGAGGGCAAGAGGUGUCCAGGAAGGACUUCCAGGUUCCUGUCGACUCUCGGGUUGACGUCCUACCCUCAGCCCCUUUUUGGAGCCGGUCGUCCCGCGCCGCUGGAAACCGCACCUCCCCGCAGCAUGGCCACGGGCCUCAGCCCAGAUGAUCCGUGGCAGCUGAGCGCGCUGUCUGUCCAGCAGUCUACGCUCCUGCUGCUCCUCUCCGUGCUGGCCGCGGUGCACGUGGGUCAGUGGCUUUUGAGGCAGCGGCGGCGGCAGCCCUGGUCCUCGCCCCCCGGCCCAUUCCCAUGGCCACUGAUCGGAAACGCCGCGGCAGUGGGCCGGGCGUCGCACCUGUCCUUCGCACGUCUGGCGCAGCGCUAUGGAGACGUCUUCCAGAUCCGCCUGGGCAGCUGUCCGGUGGUGGUGCUGAAUGGCGAAAGCGCCAUCCACCAGGCCCUGGUGCAGCAGGGUGCUACCUUUGCUGACCGGCCGUCCUUUGCCUCCUUCCGCGUAGUGUCGGGCGGCCGCAGCCUGGCUUUCGGCCAUUACACGGAGCAGUGGAAGGCGCAGCGGCGCUCGGCGUGUAGCAUAAUGCGCGCCUUUUCCACGCGCCAGCCGCGCAGCAGACAUAUCCUCGAGGGCCACGUGCUGGGGGAGGCGCGCGAGUUGGUGGCACUACUGGUGCGCGGCAGCGCUGGAGGCAACUUCCUCGAUCCCACGCAGCCCAUAAUCGUGGCGGUGGCUAAUGUCAUGAGCGCCGUGUGCUUCGGCUGUCGCUACAAUCACGACGACGCCGAAUUCCUCGAGUUGCUUAGCCACAACGAGGAGUUCGGGCGCACAGUGGGUGCCGGCAGCUUAGUGGACGUGCUGCCCUGGCUGCAGCUUUUUCCCAACCCGCUGCGCACCACUUUCCGCGAGUUCGAGCAGCUUAACCGCAACUUCAGCAACUUUGUCCUGGAUAAGUUCCGGAGGCACCGCGAACGUCUUCGUCCUGGGUCCAUCCCCCGCGACAUGAUGGAUGCCUUCAUCCUCUCCGCAGAAAAGAAGGUAUCUGAGGACUCGGGAGACGGGCUCGCGCGGCUGGACUUGGAGAACGUGCCGGCCACUGUCACCGACAUCUUUGGAGCGAGCCAGGACACCCUCUCCACUGCGCUACUGUGGCCGCUUAUCUUCUUCACCAGGUAUCCUGACGUGCAGGCUCGUGUGCAGGCCGAAUUGGAUCAGGUGGUGGGGAGGAACCGCCUGCCCUGUAUGGGUGACCAGCCUAACCUGCCCUAUGUUAUGGCUUUUCUCUACGAAACCAUGCGAUUCUCCAGCUUUAUGCCUGUCACCAUCCCCCACGCCACCACUGCCAACACCUUCGUUUUGGGUUACUACAUCCCUAAGGACACGGUGAUUUUUGUAAACCAGUGGUCUGUGAAUCAUGACCCGGUGAAGUGGCCUAACCCGGAGGACUUUGAUCCAGCCCGAUUCCUGGACAAAGACGGCUUCAUUAACAAGGAGCUGGCCAGCAGCGUCAUGAUUUUUUCCGUGGGCAAGCGGCGGUGUAUCGGUGAAGAGCUGUCUAAGAUGCUGCUGUUUCUCUUCAUCUCCAUCCUGGCUCACCAGUGCAAUUUCAAGGCCAACCAAAACGAGCCCUCGAAAAUGAGCUUCAGUUAUGGCCUGACCAUUAAACCCAAGUUCUUUAAAAUUCACGUCGCUCUCAGAGAGUCCAUGGAGCUCCUUGAUAGUGCUGUCCAAAAGUUGCAAACUGAGGAAGCUGGCCAAUGAGAAGCCAGAAAGCAAGCCGAAAUUGAAGUCUCGGGGGAUGAGGAGGAAAAUUUAGUGUUUUGUUUUGUUUUCCCCCACUAAUUCCUCUUUGAUGCCACUUCUCAAUUAGCCUCUAAGAUGUAUGUAAAUCAAGAAGCCUGUAGGAGAGGCUUGUUCCCCACUGAGUAGCUCCUUGUGAGGUGCAGGAGCUCUGGGAAAAGUUUUUGAAUCACAGUCACAGGGCCCAAGGAAUUUAUAUUGGAUCAUGGUAAUAAUAAUUUCUUAAGGGAGUAUUCUUUGGAGUUAACAGAUACAUAUACAUAUGCACACAAUUAUCUAAUGAAGUAUUUCAGUAAUUAUGCCUUUUUAGUGGAUCCCGUGGUGGGGAGGAACCACCUGCCCUGUAUGGGUGAGCAGCUUAACCUGCCCUAUGUUAGUUAUGGCUUUUUAGAUUGAGCCUCUAUGUGCAGAAAUCAUUUUCUUAGAAAACUGUACUAAGCAAAAUUUCGGGAUAUAUUGAAGAUGCAAAGGCAAGUAAUUUCCGUGUAAGGUAUGUGAUUGAGGGUGAUAAGGGAAAAUGUAAAGACCAGAAAUUCCCUUCUUACCUUUUUAGCAAAAUGGCUUAGAGAGACUGUAGUACCGCUGGGUAGAUUUAACUUUUUGCUUAUUGAUAUGCUUCCCUACUUCAGGAUGAAUCAUAAAGUCAGUUGCUUAAAAAGAAAUUAAUAAUUGAAUUAAUGAUUGGAGUGCAUUUCAGAGAUUUAUCAUGAAAUUUAAAGUGUAAAUUAUUUAACUACAAAAUUCCAAGCUGAACUUGUACCUCUCUCUUGGUUGCCAAGGUACAGUGUUUCAAUUUUGAGAAAAAAAAUAUAUUUGCCAUUUCAGCUAAACUUUCAGUUAUAUGAUUGUAAUGUACUGAUGUCAGCAAGUCUUAUAAGCUAAAAAAAAAAACACCCAUGUCACUGAAUAGUAUUUAACAUAUAUGUAUAUAUACAUAUCUAUGCACAGAUAUAUACACAUUACAUAAUCGUUCAUAAACAGUAUGUUAAUAUUAAUUAUUUUGAUCAUGAAAAGGUGGAAUAGUAUGUCUCAUAUUAUAUUGAAAAUCAAAAAGUACAAUCAGUUCAACAAGGUAUGGUUCCAGUACCUUAAAUAAGCCUGAUUAAAUCAACCACCUAUUUUUUUUUUUGACAUGAAAAACCAAGUCAAAGCAAGAUUUCUUUUCUCAUCCAAGUUUUGGACAAUGAACAGAUCCCAAAAUUAAGUUAGUAAGAUGUAUUCUUAUUUUAUAAUGUUUUAUUAAAAUUGUAUUCACAAUAUAGUUUCUCCUUUUGAAAUUGAUGCAGUUAAUAUGUUGAAAUUUCAAACUCUUAGCAUGUUAAAUUUUAAGUUAAUUUAAAGUCCUUUCUGAUUACUGAGUUCCAGUUGAAACUAUUAGGAAUCUUGAUCGUUUGGAAAGCGAGACAAUCUAACGUUUGCUGGGAGGAGAAUGAAAAUACCAUAAAUUAUCUGGAUGUUCUCUUUCAUAGGUAACAAGGGGGGAAUUCCCAUUAUAAUUGAUUAGUUUCUCUUUUAAGUGAUUAAGCAGUUUAGCAUUGAUGUUUGUUUUUUUAAAUGUCAGAAUCAGGACCAGCCUCUUUGGAGGCUGUUUUGAGAGGGGCACUCUAAGACACAGGAGCUGAUCACAUCGGUUGUGUUAUUUGGGAUAAAUUGCUUUGGGAGCUGAAAAAAAAAUGAAACUUGAACAAGAUGUACGGAUUAUGAAAUAACCUGAAAACAUUUUUUAAAAAGAGAUGGAAAGAAUACAAAAGUAUACAAAGGAGGCUUCACGUUUUUAUUUUCAUUGCAAUGGAACUUCCAAAACAAAUUCUACAGAAUCCUGAGAGCUUACUGUUUGCUCUCUUUUAUUAAGCUUUUUUUUUUUAAUUUUAAAAUCAAAAUUCAAAGGAAGGAGUGUACAAUGGUUUAAUAUGUGGGUGGUGGGAAGAGAAACAGAAAGAUGGCUAAGCAUCUUCCCACCAUUCCAGAUUAAUUUAACUGAAGCACAAAAUUUGAAGCAUGAACAUUUAGGAAAAAAAGAUGCUUGGUGUGCCAGCAUUAAAUCUCUAGAUUUUUUUUUUAAAUCUAUAACAUAGCAGAUCUAUUUUGUAGUUUGGAAUAUCAUAUUAAUACAAUUUUUUAUUUUAAAAUUUCAUAAUCAUAUCUUUUGAAGAUGAAAAGUUGUGCCAGUAUUUUUAAAGGCAUUAAAGCCAAUUAAACAAAUUAGGCUUACCCAAUACACUUCAGUUUUUAGGCACUAUUUCAAAAAGUUAUGCCCCAGCAGACAAUAACUCUGGCCUCCUGUAGCCAAUUUAUUCCGAGAGAUGUGUAAUAGCAAAAAUAUUAAGGCACUGAUCUGGAUGCCUCAUUACCAACCAGGUCCAGAGUGUGAUCACCUGGUUUUUUUUUUUUUUUUUUUUUUUUUUUUUUUUUUUAUGUUGAGCUCAGUUGUCCCUGGAUGCUUGAGGCAAAGGGAAAGCUGGGCUUGUAUGAGAAAACCUAGGUUCUUGGAGGUUACCUGUCUUAUUUAGUAUGCUUAUAACCUAGUUAAAGGAAGGAAAAUAAAACCAAAAAUGAAUAAAAAUAACCAAAUUUGGUGACUAUGGUAAUCAGAUUACUGGCUUAAUCAGAAAACCUCAUUUUAUUUCUGCCAGAGUUAGUUAUUUGCUGAUCACCAUUAAGGUCAGAACAUCUACUUCAGGUUAUCAUAGUAGUUAAAGUAUAUUGUUUAUUAAAUGCCUCACUUAUAUGUUAAAGCUUUGACUGUGUAAGAAAUGUUUUUUUCCAAAAUAAAAAGAUGUCUCAGGUUUGUUUUGUGUAUUAUCUAAAAGCUUUCAUGUCCCAGAACUUAGCCUUUACCUGUGAAAUGUUACCACACCCUUAAUAUUUUCAUAGUAGAUCUAUGUUAGAUCAAAUAGUUGCAUAGCAAUAUAUAUCAAUUUGUAUGUUUUUAGCUGUGACACAACUGUGUGAUAGAAAAGUAUACUUUAGUAGAUGUGAUUAUAACUCAAGAAUAACUCCUUAUUUAACCUUUUCAUAUUUUUAUACUUUUUCAUGUAUGCUUUUAGUGUAUACAUAUAGCAGCUAUGGAACCUAGGUGUAACCAAAAUAGAUUCUGGAGGCACAACAUUAAUGUAUAGCUUUUACAGUUUGAUAUACCAAAUUAAAAAAAAAAACUGUAUCUGGGAUUAUCUAUAAUGGGACAGUAUUACCAAAAUAAUAAAAAUCACUUUCAUAAUCUUAUGAAAUUUCAUUUCAUGUUGUAAUGAAGAUAGUUAAAUGUAUCCAUUUAUUUCUACUAUUACUAUAUAUCCUUGAAUAAAAUAUUUCAUCAUAAGA